ACGGCAGGCCAAGGGCGCCGUUGGCAAAUUUUCAAAAUAAAAGUCAGUUUCGCUAAGACAACGGUUAAAAAAACAUUGUAAUUGUAGUCUAUUGUGGGGUUUUUAAAUUUCAUUUAAUGAAUUCAUUCAGUUAAUACAAACGCUUAUAUUAUGUGUUAAAAACUAUACGCAUUAUGCGUCAGUGAUUUGAUAUCGCCACUGGCCUUAGUGGUAUCUUAGCAACAGAGGAAAAAAAUAUCAACACUGUCUUCAGCUUGCGGUGAAAAAACACCAAUGAACAGUAUGUCUGCAAACAGGGCACCAGUGCUGGCAAUGACAAAGUCGAAGACCCAAUCAGAGGAUGCUCUAAAGAACCUGUUAGAGAAAAGGCGGCUCUCUGUUGAGGCUCAGCGCAUCUCAAGCAUAGUGGAAAACUGCAUCAGUCAAUUAGAGAUUGCAGCAACUCUGCCUGCCAUCCUCUGCUUAAACAGUGAUUCUAGUGUUGUGGACGAGGAGUUGAUGAGGGCACUUCGAAAGCAUCAACUAUCAGAGACAAGACUGGAGAGAGAGACACUAGAAUGUAUUGAGCAGGAGUCAGAGGGAGAAGAUGAAGAAGCAAGGAAGAGAGUAAAGACUCCGCUUGAGAAGGACAUCAAGGACUCUGUCAGGGAUCUGCUCAGGCUCCUCCGGUCAUGUCCGGAUGCCAUUUCUGGUUUGAGGGAAGAGCAAGGUAUGGAAGUAGGCGAGAGUGAGUGUGAACUAAUUAUGGUGCUUAAGAUGUUUCACAGCCAUAUGGUAGACAAGUUGCAGACCAGUCUGGAUGAGGAUCUACAGCGGGUCCUCUCCAAGCCGCUGUCUUCACCCCCUGCACAGGAUCUGGAGCACAUCACUCUACUGAGGGAAGAAGUAGCUACAGCCGAGAAGCAAGUCGAUGCAAAGAUUUCUCGGAAAAAAAUGGAGGUCACAAAUUUGCAGGAGUCUCUGGAAGAGAACAACAAACAAAUAGCGGGUUUGUCACUCGCUCAAAAGUGCCCGCCACAAAUAUCAAAGAAACAGGCCAGUAUGCAGCAGGAAAUGGGUCAACUGAACAUUCAGCUCAAUAAUUUGAUGCUUGAGAACAGGCGGGCAGAGAGAACACUCCGAAAGGAAAAUGAAAAAGUGGAGACAGAAAUUGAAUACCUGCUCCAAAACUUUGACAGUGAAAUGGGAAAAAAGCAGGCCGACCUGGAGCUGAAUCAGAUUGAAUAUGAAAGUGGCGAGGAGGAGUUGCGGAGCCUGGAGAAACGCUUUUCUGUCCUAGAGUCGGAGUACGACCAGAUCAUGGAGAGGCGUCGGCUGGCAGAGGAGAAGAGACAGACGGAGAUGAGGGAGCUGGAGUUGAAGAUCAAAGCUGCAAUUUUCGCCCAAGCUUGGUGGAGAGGCUACAGUACUCGCAAGGCCCUAAAGAACAGGGGCAAAAGUAAGACAGCCAAGAAAGGCAAAGGCAAGAAGAGAUAAACCACUGACUCAUCAGAUACUGAAACAUUUUUUAUUGCUUAAAACCAACGAACAUUCACACACGUGUGUCUCUGAAAGCUUUGAUGCACCAGAAAGAACAAUUUGCGCAUUCAUCAUUCAUGUUGGAACAUGGAGUUUAAAAGGCAAAAGCAAAUUUCCAGCACAACUCUACUGAACGUUAAACCGAGAUCAGGUCUAAUCGGCCAAACUGAGUGAAAGCAAGGGCUCAUUCAUUGGGUGCACCAGUUGUUGUUUCUGAAAUGGCCACAGGGCGACAGUACAGACUCUUUUAUUCUAAAUUAUCAAUUACCUACACUUAAUUACAUUCAUUCGGUCGCCCUGCCAACAACAGGAGCCAGGGAUUGAACCACCAACGAUACAUGUUAUUUGAUGAUGCCGAUGAUGAUGAUGAUGAUGAUGAUACUGAAUAUACUGUAUUUUUCAUGUUAAAGCAAGUCCAGUUAAAAUGCACCAUUCACACUAGACACAGAACAAUUUCAGAACUUUCAAUCAUGCCAUGUCAAUUACAAUGACGAGCUAAAUGAAAUGUCCCACUGACAAAUUACCAUGAGGAAAGUAACUAACUAUAUUUACAACUAUAAGUACUUAACUAAAGUGAGUUACUUGUAGCUUACUUCAUCAUUUCUAUUGUAUGCUUCUUUGUACUUUCACUCCACUACGUUUCAGUAGGAAAUACAUUAUUUGACAGAUUUAUUUUUACACAAUGGAUAAUAUAAUGAGUUUUUAAAACAACACAUUAAAACAACCAAUGGUUUCCAGCCUUUUUGGCUUGUGAUGUUUUACAAAAAGCUGUGUGGUUCGGGGGUUACAUUUCAGAUGAAUAUGAGUUGUUAACAGACUUCCCUAUAAACGUCUAACAUGGUGUCAUCCCAAAAUAUGAUUUCUACUCCAUUAAUCAUCUAUAAUAAUAAUAAUAAUAAUAAUAAAUUUCAUUUAUAGAGCACUUUUCAUUGUUAAAAGCAAUCUUAAACUGCUAAAACCUUUAAAUCUCACAACCCCUCAGAUUUAUCUGGUGUCCCUGUUUUUAAAACUGUAUAUGAAGUAGUUAAAACGUGCUCCAGCAGCUACAACAAUAACUUGCUGCUUUCACACUGAUGAUUGAAUACUAAUCUUAUUAACCAUCACGACCACUUACUAAUCUCAUUAAGUUAUUGGUAGGUUAUUGACAUACUUCCCAGCAUGUACUAUAUUUAAGAACAGUGUAUCCAGAGAGUGUAUCCAUAUAGGUCUUUAUUAUAAAUUCAAUGAAAACAACUCAAAGUAUAAUUGAAGCAGGUUCCCGCUUCUGAAACAAAAAUGUCUGCUGAUUUUACAGCCGACCCUGAAACUUUUUCAUUACUGACAGAAUUAAUGCACAGUCAUUUCAAAGCAGAGCCAACCAGGAAUUCUUGUCAAAAUGAUUAUUCAGUUCAGUUUCAGUUUGCUGCAUUUUCCAGUGUCUUCAAUUCAUUGAAGUUCAUUGUCAUCAUUGUCAGAGUUUUGCAUUGGUCAAACAACUGGACAAACUUAAAAUUAACUAUAAAGUAAAAAAAUUUAAAAAAUAACAAUGCAGAUUCAGUAGCCUUUUUUGUAAUGCAGGAUGGAAAUGUAUGUUUGAGUUCAAUUUGAAAUAAAAAUUAUUCUUUAGAGUCAGUUACGAUAAA